GGGAAAGGCAAGUUGGUCUGUUUUGCAAAGUACCGAGCCAGUGUUGCCAAUGCAGAGGAGGUGAAACCAAGCUGUCCGAAGCGAUCGAGGAUCACUUCCAACUUAUAAAGGUUUGACCGUUCCUCACCGGACGCCGUCGCUCACUUCUUGCUCUGUGGUGUCCCGCCGGCUGAGAGAUGAGCCAGAAGUCGGAGCGCAGGGGGAUCCACGUGGACCAGUCGGAGCUGCUGUGCAAGAAGGGCUGCGGGUACUAUGGCAAUGCGGCCUGGCAGGGCCUCUGCUCCAAGUGCUGGAGGGAGGAGUACCAGCGCGCCCGGCAGAAGCAGAUCCAGGAGGACUGGGCCCUGGCAGAGAAGUUGCAGAGGGAGGAGGAGGCGGCCUAUGCCAGCAUCCAGGGGGCCCAGUCGCAGCCUUCUCUCACACCCUUCUCCAAAUUCGAGGAGAAGAAGACCAAUGAGAAGACGCGCAAAGUGACCACAGUGAAGAAGUUCUUCAGUCCGUCAUCGCGCACUGCACCCAAGAAAGCCCCCUGUGAGAAAGUUGAGAAGGUGUCGGGUGAGAGGGAGCGCCAUGGAGAGGCUCUGCUCAGGGACCUGAAGGGCAUGUUUACUCAGCCCUGGGAGAUGAUGUCACCCGCGGAAGAAUCCCACGAGGGGAAGGCCCCCAGCCCCUCCAUCACCCGCCAGUCCAGUAUCGAGACGGACCGGGUGUCCCGCGACUUCGUCGACUUCCUGAAGAACCUGCAGAAGCCAGGCCGGGAGAUCCACAAGCAGUGCCGGGCCUUCAUCGAGAACAUGGCCAACAAGAAGGACCUGGGGGCUGACGAGCUGUCCGAAUGUGUGCAGGACUUCUACCAGAACAUGUCCGACCGGCUGAUGACCCACUUUAAAGGGUCCACAGAGCGCGUGGAGCGGGUGAUGGACCAGGUCGAAAAGUACAUAAUGACCCGCCUGUACAAGAACGUCUUCUGCCCCGAAACCACCGACGACGAGAAGAAGGACCUGGCCACCCAGCACAGGAUAAGGGCUCUACACUGGGUCACUAUUCAGAUGCUGUGUGUCCCUGUCGACGAGGAGAUCCCUGAGGUGUCGGACAAUGUGGUAAAAGCCAUCACAGAUGUCAUCGAGAUGGACUCCAAGCGUGUGCCCCGGGACAAGCUGGCCUGCAUCACCCGCUGCAGCAAGCACAUCUUCAAUGCCAUCAAGAUCACCAAGAAUGAGCCCGCGUCGGCCGACGACUUCCUGCCCACCCUCAUCUACAUCGUCCUGAAGGCCAACCCGCCGCGGCUGCAGUCCAACAUCCAGUACAUCACCCGCUUCUGCAACCCCAGCCGCCUCAUGACCGGGGAGGAUGGCUACUACUUCACCAACCUGUGCUGUGCGGUGGCCUUCAUCGAGAAGCUGGAUGCCCAGUCGCUGAACCUGAGCGCCGAGGACUUUGAGCGCUACAUGUCGGGCCAGGCGUCCCCCAGGAAGCAGGAGCCUGAGGUGUGGCCCCAGGAGGACGCCGGCGCGGGCAGGAGCCCGGGCCUGACCCAGGUGUACCAGAGCCUGGACCUGCUGACGGGCCUGGGGGCGCGGCAGGACCGGGUGCUGGAGGGGGCGCGGAGUCUGGAGAGCGACCUGAUCAGCUGGCAGGAGAGCGUGGAGCGGGAGGUGCAAGAGAUCCUGGAGAAGUACCCUCUGGAGAUCCGCACCCCCGCCUCCGCCAUCGACUCCGACAACGUGGAGAACGACCGGCUGCCCCCGCCGCUACAGCCCCAGGUGUUCGCUGGCUGACCUGCCCCCGCCCCCCCUCGACCAGUACCCCCCACCACCUCCCCCAGCUCCCCUCUGUCCUGUCCUGUUUUACCCCGGCAUGCACGCACCACUCCGACCAACGCUGGGCAGUGUGCUUCAGACCACUACACGGCCAUUUUGUCACUUCUACACAAACUGGUGGAGCCAGGGCAAGGCUUCUGUUACACUCCUCUGUUACCUCCUCUGUGGGGUAGCACCAGUGCAGCGUUGUUCCAAACCACCAACUGCCACAUUUUCUUUGUAAAUUUGGAGUCAUGUUUUGGAAAUGUUGGGAGACAUCUGAAAUGCUGCUACUCCCUGCCCCUGUGUGUGUUCUCUGAGACAGAGCAGAAAUCCCUGAGCUGGAGAUUUGUUAAUUUUCUGGCCGCUUCCCUGCUUGUGUGAACCCUGUCCCUGGUCACGACCGGACACCAGCAGGGCCCAUUGCCAUUACCCCCACCCCCCCUUCCUGGGGCUAAGUACUGUAUGCUGGUCUGCUGUGAGUCGAGGAGCCUUAGAACCAAAGUUCUUAAUCUUUCAUCUGAUGUAAUUUCACUGUUCCCCUGCCUAGCAUUAAUUUCAUAGCAGAGGGCAAUUUGACACCACUAAACACUCACCUUAACAUCAGCCAUAUCAUUUUUCCUUUGUUUUCGUUUUUUUGGAUCAGGAUUUCACUUCUAAUUAGUCAAUGGAAGCAUACUUUCUACUAUGUUGUUUUUUAAUUUCACUGGUAACAUGAGCUCUUGAGGGAAAAUAUGGUGUUGAUUUUUUAAAGUAGAUGUUUAUCAUUAUUUACCCCGUAAAAUAGUGAUCAUAUGUAUCAUUUCAAAUGAAUCAGAAAUUUUGAUGAUUCGUUUUUUGUUCUUACCAGUGACACCGUAAUGCUCAGAAUUUAUCAGGGAAUUGCACAUAAUCUGUGUUUCCCUUUCCCAGUUCUACAGGCCUCCACUAUCUGCUUUAUUUCCAUCAGUCGCUAAAUUACGGUGUAACUGCAAAGCCACCCGUUAACUUCCCGCUUAAGGUCUGUCAGUUCAUUAAGAGUGCAGAAAGCUUAUACAGUUGAUACUGGGUCUUUAGUGGUGUACAGGUAUUGUAUACAAAAUUAUCUUGGUAGAUGACAAUGUAGACAAAUCAUAAGAUUUUUAGACUGCUUCAAGAUGAUGUGUUUUCAUUAAUGAAAUUUAUACUAUGACAAAAAUGUCAUAUUUUAUCUCCUUUAAUUUCAGCCGAAAGAAAAAAUAGAACUAACUAUUGAAAGACUGAACCUCAAACCCUUGAGGAGAACACAUUUCAGGGUACUCUCCACCACAGGUGUAUUUGAUUUUAGGUUUCUAGUAUUUUCUUACUUCUGUGUUAAUGUCCAGGCAUCAAGGCUGAUGAUGGUAAAUUUUUUUAAUUGUAGAUUUUGGCUGAAAUUUGAGAUUUGUAAAUCAACCAUGUCUUUAAGACAAAGUUUUGUUACAGGUAAGUCUAUGCUAAUGCAGUUGUGUGCGCAGCCUUGCAUAUGCCUGAAUACAGUUUAUAAAUGCUGUGGAACCUGUUUGUCAAAGCGACAUUAAAGUGUGGUUAAUUGUGUAAGCCAACACUAAAAUCUAAGCACCCUCUCUGAAUCUAAUGCUAGAAGCCAACAGCUGUUGCAGACACGUAUAUGAACGACCUCUUAAUGCAAUAAUCAAACAAGAUGGAGGUUUGGUUUUGUGUCAAGCCUACCAGUCUGUGGCAAUCCAAACUGAUGGUGUAUCCUAGCCUGUUCUAUACAAAACUAUUGUACUAUUGAGAAGCUCUUCAAGAGGUGUUCUCUGCAGGCUUUUCAGGUACCUGGUCAACAAAGUUAGCAAUCGCCUUGGUUUCUCAAGGAAUAUGGCUUGCUGAACCCAUCUUAUCUCCCUGUGAGCAUUUCAUGAAGGCAAAGUCUAGUAUUUUUGUCCUAAAGCUAUGAAGUACAAGGGUUGGCUGAAUCCUUUGGGUCUAUCAGAUACGCUCUGCCAGGUCACUAACAUUGUUCUGUGUGUAAAAUUUGCUACUGUGUUGCUUGGAAUGUUGUAUUUUUCCCUGUUAAGAGGAACGCUAAUAUGUUCAUGGGAGUACUUCUUGUGUCCAGCCACUAGCUGGUGCAAAAGUUUAGUCUUUGCAGUCUUAAUGAAAUUUAAUUGUGCUGAUUAUCAUUUAGUAUGAGAGAAUGACGCAUUAUUGUGCCCAUACUCCCUCAUUGCCUAUGUAGACAAACACACACUCCUCAAAGUUUGAACUAUAUCUGGUACUCUAAUUUAGAUGUAGCCAGUCUACAUUUGUUGAUGAUGGGUCUCCUUUAAAGAUGUAAAACUGUAUGUAUAACCUCAUAGGUGUGACUUUUAAAUUGUAUGGCUUAACACGUCGCUAUUUAUUUUUUUAAAUGUAACUUAUGGGGUAUAGUGUUGUAUGACAGUGUCUGGACUGUGUUUAUUUAACUGCAUUUAAAUAAAACCUCCCCAAAACCUCA